CUAUGGAAACGACAACGCAACAACGCUGACCCAUGUCUGUUCCCGGUGUUCGCGGUGUGUUCUUUCUUCUUCGUCUUCAUUUUUGAGGCAAAUAAAAGUAGUUGAAGAGUUUGCUCCGCGUGUCGGUAAGCCAUGUUAGCGGAGACUCGGGGUCCUGACCCGCUGGUGUCUGCCGCUCCACGGGAGGCCUCCGUCACUGGCAACGAUAUCAAAGAUCCAGGGAUUCCCCACAGGCAGAUGGUUGGGAAGUGUCAGCGACGAGCACCAAGCCAAAGAAACUGCUUCUUUGGAGUGGAAACGAGACCACAGCUGGCCUGGGAGGACUGGGACCUGGGCAGAGAAUUUACCAAGACAUUAGUGCUAAAGAACGUCCACAACAAGCUAAAGAAGCUACACAUAAGGCCUCCUGUGUCCAAGAUUUUCUCCACCUUGGCUCCUCACAUAGCUGUCAUCAGCCCCGGGACUUCCUUCUCCAUACAAGUCACCUUUAAACCUCUUCAAAGGUGUGAGUAUGAGGACAGCAUUGAAUUUCAAGGGAAAGAAGGCAGCUUUCAUGUAUGCCUCCGUGCCGUCGUUCCCUCUCACACCCUGGAGGUUCCUGAGUCUGUGAUGCUCCCGCUCUGUGCGGCUGAACACUCCACACACACUGAUUUCCCAUUAAAAAAUGCCAGUAAACUCCAUACUUACUUCCAGUGGGAGUGUCCUGCACCAUUCCAGCUCCGUCCAGAGCAGGGCCUGCUGAAACCCGGUCAGGAGUGUCACACCACAGUGGUCUUCCGGCCACAGGAGGCACUGGUGUACCAGCAGCAGGCUCUCUGCAGGUUUGGAGAGGAGGGCAAGCUCGAGAGCAGCUGCACUGUCCUCCUACAGGGACUAGCUAAAUAUCCACAUCUACUGGUGAAAAAUCCCAGCAGCAAAGGGGGAGAAGAUAAUGGUGGCCCACUGGUGGACUUUGGUCCUGUUGCUGUUGGCAAGAGUUUGCAGAAACACUUUGACAUUUUUAACCCGUCUCCGGUAACGGCGUCUUUUUCUCUGUCACGGCUGCCUGGUGGGGUGCCCUCGUUUGGAUCAGAGUUCAGCUGUGAUGCCACCCGUGGUAGGGUGGCUCCUGGUGGAUCACGGCGGGUUUCAGUCACUUACUCCCCUGCUGUGGUAGAUACUGUUUCAGUGGAGUACUUGUCUCUAAACUGCAAAGGCACGCUCAGUGAAAGUCUGCUCAAACUCUCUGGGCGUUGUAUUGGUCCCAAAGUUGCCUUGUCUUCCUCUGUGGUGGAUUUUGAAUGUGUUGAAGCAGGAGGAUCAGUUGUACGGACGGUGGAGCUCGUUAAUACUUCCACUGCUGAGGCUUUCUACCAGUGGGAUAUUGACUGUAGUGGGAACAGUGUGUUUAGUAUCCUACCAGCAAGUGGCGCUGUUCUCCCACAUAGCCACACCAGAGUGAAGGCAGCCUACAGGCCCACACAGCCUAAUGCACACUACAGGAGAGUGGCAUGUCUCGUACUGGACGGGGAGCCGGUGUUUCUUGACCUGAUUGGUACCUGCCACUCAGGGCACCAGAAACCUGCCAUACUAAAACCUGAACACUUGGUUGUGCACACGCUUCAGCAGGACUGCAGACAGAAUUCACCACAUGCCCCGGCAGCCCUGCGGGGAGGUCAUAAAAUAGAGUCUGACCAGAAAGGGCUGCACUCCCCUGUGGAGGGGCAGUUCAUGUCAGCCACCGCCGUGGAAGACUUUUACCGGGCCUGCUUGGGGCACACGGAUCCUCUCUGUUUGAAAUCUUCAUUGUCAUUGCUACGUGUAUCUGUGGCCCCGACUGAACUGCUGUUUAAUCACAAGCAUACAUCCUCUUCAUCUCCUUCAUCUGCUUUUACGCAGUCGGUCUCUAUCACAAACCACACCAGGAGGAAACUCAGUCUCGUGUGGACUGCCGCCCAAGAGUCUCCAUUCUCCAUCGCUCCAUCAUCCUGUGACUUGGCUCCACUUAAGUCCACCUUGUUCAGAGUGACGUACGCGCCCAAGCAGCUCAAUACUCUGCACGGAGCACAACUUGAGUGCUUUGCAUACGAUAAGCACAGUCCAGACACAGGUGUGUGUCCGCCUUGGUGUGUGACCAUCAGAGUCAUUGGCCACUCCUUUCAGCCAGGCAAAGAACACUUCACUCCACGCUGCUCCGUAAAUCCCCCUCACGUGGUGUUUCCAGCCCUCAGUGUCAUUUCCUAUCGGACAGUCCUGCUUCACAAUGUUGGAGACUGGCCGCUCACUUUCUGUUUGGAGCGCAGCUCAAACCCUGCCCUGGCAGAAUCGGCGUUUGUAGUUCCAAGCUGCGGUUUGAUCCAGCCAGGAGAUCACCAGAUCCUGUCCCUCAGAGCAGUGCCAGCAGAGGAUAGCUCUGACCAGGGGUUUAAAUUACACCUGCAGCUCAAUGCAUCUAAACUCACAAAGGAACUGACAGUUGUCAGUGUGGUGGCAAAGCUGUGUGUGUCUCUGGAAGGAGGCAGCACUUUAUAUUUCCAGCCAACAGCAGUGGGCUCGCAGGCCCAGCGCACCCAUCACAUCAGGAACCGAAGCCUGUUGCCAGUGAGAUUCCAGUGGAGCAUUCCAGAGCCAGACCAGGAGCUUAUCUCUGUCAAACCAGAUGCUGGUGAACUGCAUCCCAAUGAGUGCUGUAUGCAGACGUGGACCUUCAGUCCGCUGGCAGAGAACGCAUACACACUAGAACCUACUCUAACCUACUGGCCUGUCCAGUCACAUGGAUCCAUCAAGUCACACCUCACCCUUGUAGUGGAGGGAGUGGGAUCCAGGGGCUGGAUAGAGGCAGAGAAAUCCAUCCUUGAUGUGGGAGAGACUUUGGUUGGAAGCUGUCGAACUGUUGAGAUUCCUGUAGUAAACAAGAGCCCCUGUCCAGUCUCCUUCGGCCUCUCUGUGCAGCAGAUACUUCUGGAUGAUGAACAUCACUCUGACUCUGCAGCUCAGCCAAGUGCCCUACAGCUGGACUUGGAGAGGGGAACUGUUGCCUCUCACUCCACCAUGGUGGUCCGAUCCACAAUCAGACCGAACAGGCAAGCCGAGUACCUCUGGACCAUCACAUAUACAACUCUGAAUACCAGUGGAUGUGUGAUGUCAUCUCCCCAAGCGCUUUGUGAAGUGCGAGCUAGGGGUGUGUUUCCCACCCUGCAGGCGAUGGAUGCGUGGAGCUGUGGCUGUGUGGGUAGACUCAGCAAGACACACAUAUGGAAACUCUUCUCACUGGACUGUCUCAACAACCAGCUGCUGUCCAACCCGUCCUCUGAAGAACUGACCUUUCAGACUCCCACCAGGCACAGCCUGCACACAAGUCCUUCCAUCUUCACCAAAACCAUGCUGGAUUUCAACUUUGGUUCGGCUCCUGUUGAUUCAGAUCCUUCAGACUUUAUGUUGAUGCUUCACAACCCUGGGUGUAUUCCUGUACACUGGGCCUUCUUGUUUCCGGAGGAUCAACAGAUAGAGUUGGAGUACUGGGCAGUGACGGGAGAGUUCAGUAACACAGAGCUGUCCCAAAUGAAGGUUCAGGACAACCAAUUGUUCAGUGUUUCACCUCGCGCUGGAACUUUGCUCCCAGGCCAGAAGAGGGCAGUACACUUCAGCUACAGUCACGUCUUUGUUGGGACGGAUCACUUUCCUGUUGUGUUCAAGCUCUCAUAUGGCAGAGAAAUCUUGCUGAACUUUCAGUGUGCGACGGUGGAGAGGGAUCAGCCACAUCUCCACUUUGACUCCCACCAACACUCCUUCACCUCCGUAACUAUUGGAGACUGCAGUCCUCCAAAGCAGGUGUAUGAAUUACACAAUGGUGGGGCAGUGCCAGUGUGCUAUGAAGUGGAUGCAGCUGUGUUGUCACAGCUUCAAACUGACAACUUUGACCAUCCAGUGCUGCGCUGCCUCAAUCCACAAGGAGAAAUUCCUCCAGGGAAAACUGCAAAGCUGGAAUGGAUCUUCUCACCGUUGGAGGCGAAGACGUAUCACGUAGAUGUUCCUAUCCACAUCGGAGGUAGUGACUCAGCGGUCGUGAGGUUUGAGGGACGUGGGCUUAGCAGCCUUACACAAGACUCCUCAAACCACUGUAACAGCAGUGACUGUGAAGCUAUUGUACCCAGUGUUACGAGGGUGCCCUUCCCGGGACAGGUGUUGUUGCUGUCUGAGGACAGCAUCUUCCUAGGUGACAUCCCUGUGUGCUCACAGUCUUCGAGAAUCUUCUUCCUCACCAACGUGUCUUCCGCAGACACCGCCCACUAUGAGUGGGACCUGCCCCAACACACCAACCAGCAGGAAGAGGAAGGUGCAAAGGUUGUGCAGAUCCACCCAGACCGAGGUCGUCUUCGUCCGGGGGAGUGUGCCCUUUGUGUCCUCACCUUCACUUCUACUGAUUACCCCACAGUUCAUCAGCUGGAUGUCGUCUGUCAGGUUACUCUGGAAGCUGAACGUACUCGGUAUAACGAUGCUUUGCAGCGCUGGGAAGAAGAAAGAGAAAGACAAAAAAACGAAUUUAUAAUCACGGACAAAAACAUCACAGAGAGCCAAAGAGUUCUGAUCGACGAGACAGUUCCUGUAAGAAAAGGUCCGCCACUCAGAAAAUAUAAGACCCUUCCUCCCAUCUGUGCCAGUGGUGUGUAUGAAGCAGCCAGUGCAGGCACCAAGCUAAGAACGGCCGAGCUGCAGGCACAGCGACAGAUAGCAAAAGUAUGGAGGCGCCCCGACCCCCCCAGACCUGCUCUGCUGUAUCUCAGGGUCACAGCACACUCCCAUGACCUUAUAGAGUACCUAAAGAACUGUCCUGAUUACUUUAAUAAGCAUUAUAGAAGCCUUCAGUCAGUUCAGAUGCAUCAUCCUGAACCCACCGUCUCUACUGGGCUUCCUGCUCCAGCACACAGCCCCGACAAAGAGAUCCUCUUCCACAUACUCAGCUGUCUGCUACGCGACAUACUCGAUGACUCCGCCUUCAUCCAGCGUCUGAUUUCUUCGGCCUCCAAGCCCGACACCUACCGGCCCGCGGGAUCGUCCUCUCCCGACAGAUCAUCGUUUCCAUCCUCCUCCUGUCAGUGUUUGUGUCCCAGCUCUUCUCCCCCCGCCAGGCCGCAGACUUGGGCUCUGAGCAGGGCAGUGGGCAGCGAGGAGAGUGCAGGGAGCUCAGGAAACACGCCCCACACACGCGAACAUGUGUCUGCUUUCAUGAGUGAACUUGUUUUGAUGAACACCCUCCAGAACCUGAUGAUGGAAGCUGUCAGAGGAGAGCUCGUCCUCACGGCGUGCCCCCGCUCUAAUAUCCUGCCACCUGUUAGUACCAGGAGGAGGACGCCCAAACCCCCGACCGGGGAGGAGAAAACUCACCUCUGACACGAAUAAGAUGCUGAACAACUACAUGUGUCGUCAACAGUUGUGUAUUAUUUACAUCUCGUGUGAAUUUUAUUCUGAAAUCUCGAUCAUCUUCA